AUGGAGGAGCGCAUCCAGCGACACCAAGAGCGUCGUCCCUCUAACUGGCACACCCUGGAGGCGCCGCUCAACCCGGUGGGCGGGCUGCAGGGUCAGACGGCCCGACCUCGCAUCCUGUUGCUCGACUCCGUGGACGUAUGGGUGUCCAAUCUGAUGUUGGAACACGAGGGUACCUCGCGCCUGGAGUUGGAGGCACGAAUUGUGGGCGCGGUGCGGCGGUUUGUGGCAUGCGUGCAGGAGAGCGAUGGCGAAGCGGUGAUAGUCAGCAGCGAAGUCGGGCACUCGUUGAUAGCCACGUCACCAAUGGGCCGCCAGUUCCAGGAUCUGCUGGGCACGGUAAACCAGGCAGUGGCAGAGGCGGCGGACAAGGUCACGAUGGUUAUCGCGGGGUUGCCGGUUCCGAUCAAGCCCCUGGGGACCUUUCCCUAG